GUUUUUGCUCGUCGCGAAGGUUGCGUGUUUUCACUCCAAAUCGAGUCGAGUUAGUUCUUGAAUCUCGGGAGUGGACGUGUGGCAACUAACAAUUAUAUGCGGAAAAGUGUGUAAAAUGUCGCGAAAAUGGAAAUAUCGCGUCGCCAGAAACAUCGCGGGACAACAAUUACGUCGCGAGUAUAUGUGACGUUGUACUUGCCUGUGGCCGGAGCGAAUUUAUUCUGCGCGAAUUUAUUCUGAUAUCUAAUUUCGUCGCAUUUCCUCGUCGUGUGUGCCGAAACCGUGAGGAACGCAACCGAGUGAAUUUCGACAGUAAAAUUGACUCACACAGGCCAGAACUAUCGAGUCAUGGACUAACUUCACGAACUCGUUGCGUCGCAAAAAAGGUGGAAAUAUAGCGCUUCUUGCGCGGGACGACAAUAUUUACGUCAUACAUAUAGUGACCAUCGCCGAUGGCAUCGCGUGAGUUUACUUCAGUUUCCUAUUUCGUCGCGAGUGCGUGUAUGUGUAGCGUGUAUGCCUGUAUCAAAAGUGGCUGCGAGUAAAUUUUGAGAGUAGAUUUAGCUUUCGAACUCGAAACUUCGAACUUGAAAAGUGCGAGCGGAAAGUAUCCCAUUACGUUGCAUUAAAGAGUGGGAUAACGUAUGUGCGUGAAGUACGCGCGAAAUCGUCGACGUCGCCAUUCGAAUUUGAACGCAUCGUCGUUAAGCGAUUAUUUGGACGUGAGAUAUUCCGAAUAAUAAAUGAUCGCUCGCGGACAAAUAUUCGAUCGUGAAACAUCGCCCUCGAAAUGAAUAUUGCGUCGCGGACUGUCAAAAUGCUCAAAAACGGGGACGACUAGGACAUUCGUUAUAAAUUUUCUGGUCUUGUUGGACAUUGCUCCGAAAUGAAAACGACGUCAUGGAUGUGAACGUCAAACACAAUCGAUGAGAGUGGGGGGCCUCGUACAUCGUUUUGAUGCUCUCGGGUUGCAGUUUUGACGAUGAUGGAUAUCAGCUGAGAGUCGAACGAGACGCGAAUCACAUUAGAAUGAUUCGAGGGUGAAAUCGCUAAAAAGACGUUCGUCAGUAUGUUGCGGAUAUUGAUAGUGGUGACGUGCAUCAAAAUAUCGACGCUCGCCAGUGCACAGUCGAAAGGGACUACAUCUUUCGACGAAGAUGCGAAUAGCGACGAACCUGAUCAUCCAAUACCCAUGGAGUCGAUACAGGGGGUGGCGGGUCAGAAGGCGAUUUUACCAUGUAACAUACAACCCCGCGAGUCGAAUGACGCUGUCUCCAUGGUGCUCUGGUUCAAAGAGGACAGCGGCGAACCCCUGUACAGUUAUGAUGCGAGAAGUCGACAGUUUGGAAAAGCGAAACUCUGGAGUGCUGCGCAUUUUUGGGGCCAUCGAGCGUCCUUUCGUGCGAACCCACCGGCGCAGUUGACAGUUCAGGAUCUUCGGCAGAGUGACGAGGGUGUUUACAGGUGCAGGGUCGACUUCCGGAACUCGCCGACAAGAAACUUGAAAGUUAACCUCACUGUUAUCGUGCCACCGGCGAAGCCGAUAAUCUAUGACGCGAAAAGGCGAGACAUGAGCAAACUCCUCGAAGCAUACCCUGAGGGAGUCGACUUGUUCCUGGUAUGCGAGGUGCACGGCGGUAAACCGAGACCGCAGGUUUCUUGGUAUCUGGAGUCCCAGAACAUUCAUGCAUCUACUGAAAUUCGAGAGACGCAAGAUCCAAACGGGGAAAUCAACGUCAUAACCAUCAGCAACGUAACUUUGAAGGCUCUCACAAGAAGGCAUCAUCACGCCAAACUAUCCUGCCGAGCGAAUAACACUCAAUUAGCGCCGCCACCUACCACCACCAUUGUCAUCGAGCUUAACAUGAAACCACUGAAAGUGGAAAUUUUGGGGAAGGACCAGAUCCUAUCGGCAGGAAAGAUGUAUGACGUGAAAUGUCAGAGCAUCGGUUCAAAGCCGGCGGCGGUCCUGACCUGGUGGAAGUCCUCGAAGCAGCUGAAGGGACUGAAGAAAAACGACGGUAUGAGUCUGCUGCAAUUCACACCAACGGUGGAGGACGAGGGAAAGUUUCUGGUGUGUCGUGCCGAGAAUCCAAAGCUACCGGAAGCCGGUAUCGAAGAUCGAUGGAAACUGCAAGUACACUUUGCACCUAUUGCCACCUUGAAAAUGGGUUCUUCUUUGAAUCCGAAAAACAUCAAGGAAGGCUCCGACGUUUACUUCGAGUGCAACAUCAGGGCGAAUCCCAAAUUUAACAAACUGGCCUGGUUCCACGAGAAGGAGCAGCUGCAUCACAACGUCACCGCCGGCGUGGUGCUCUCGGACCAUUCGCUGGUGUUGCAGAGUAUAACUCGAGAGUCCGCCGGAGGGUACACCUGCAUGGCCGGGAACGUCGAGGGCCGCGCCAAGUCCAACAUAGUCAAUCUCGAGGUUUUGUUCGCUCCCGUUUGCAAGCACGUGCUAAACUCAGGCGGAGGCUGGAGGCACCAGAACGCCACCCCGCCACCGAUCAACAUGCCCGAGGAAGUGCAUGCCGAGGAAGGUGCUCUGAAGCACGAGACCAUAAGUUUAGUUUGUGAGGUCGAGGCCAACCCCACCAAUGUGACCUUCCAUUGGACCUUCAAUAACAGCGGCGACCUCAGCGACAUUCCGUCCACCAAGUACACCAAUGAGGGCACAACUAGCAAGCUUAAUUACACUCCGUUGACCGAUAUGGAUUACGGGGUUCUGGGCUGCUGGGCCAGCAAUACCGUAGGUCAUUCCAAGCAGCCCUGCCUCUAUCAAGUCAUUGCCGCAGGCAGACCUUACCCGUUGCAGAACUGCACCACCUACAAUCUGAACGGUUCCUGGGUGAGGAUAUCCUGCGUCGAGGGAUACGACGGCGGUCUGCCGCAGAAAUUCGUUGCCAUCGUAGGCGAACGUCGUCUAGAGUCUUCGAGCCCUUCCUGGCAGUUCUCGAUGCUCAAGCCGGCAAAGGUCGCCCUUUACGCGGUAAACGCGAAAGGUUCCAGCGAGCCAUAUGCCAUAGAGGUCGUCUUAAAAGGAGUAGCCAAGUUUACCGAGAUUUCAUUCGCAGGCGAAUCGACGUCCUCGGUCGAUAUGUCACCGAUCUUGAUUGGACUUGGUGGCACAGCGACCGGUUUGGGGUUAAUCGUGACCGGUGUGCUAAUGGCGCUCUGGAGGAGACACGCGGCGACUCCGGCAAAACCGAAACCACCGCAGCAGCCUAGCAUCGCUACUUUCGCUGGUAAGGGGGAGGAGGAGGACGGCAAUCCGGAUCUUAUACCCACGACGGCCUUGACCAAUCAUCUCACCGACAGAAAGCUUCCUCGUUACGGGUCUCUACCACGAAGACCACGUCAACUGGAAGGACGUGAGAUGUCCCAUGAUGUCCUAGAAGAUUCAGAUUACCCGAGAGCAUCGCCGAACACAUUCUACAGUCUUCAAAGGCCGCACUCGGAAUCGAUCAACAGGAGUAUUCAGGAGAGCUGCAUUUAAGGGUCAAACACCGGGUGGGACAUUAAGAGGAGAGGUCGGUCGACGCGGCGUUCUAGACGGAUAGACGGGAAGAUCCAGACGUCUGCUGCAUUGCCUAACUUCCGGGUCGUCGACUAGGUCGUUCAACAAGGUAUAGGAAAUUCCUGGACCAUGGCUGAUGGAGACUGUAGACUGAGAGAUGAAGCCACACGCUUCUGCGCGCGUUUAAGCGUACCAAAGACAUUUAUAUAGCCAUUUGAUUCACACUACGCCUUUGUAAAUAUUGUAUAUAAAUAAAACACAUCAAUUUCGUGUUAUAC